GCCCGUGUUUCGACUGAACGCAACUGAACAAUGUUCAGAGAGUACAGCCCACCUAAAAAUAAUAGGGUAUCUGACUCCCUCAGCAGCAAUCCUGAAUCGCCAGCCUCUUCGACCAAAGAACCCAAUGGAAGUUCUUCUGAUACGGAAUCGCUUCAAAGUGGACUAACGGAGGAACGAUUCCGGAUUGACAGAAAGAAAUUAGAGGACAUGCUUUUAGUUCAGCAAAAUGGAAACGGGAAAAUAGAAAAUGCAGAAAACUUCUUCCAAAAGGUGAUGCAAGAAACUUCUACGCAGAUCUCGUGGCCAUCGAAGCUCAAAAUUGGGGCAAAAUCAAAGAAAGAUCCCCAUGUGAAAAUAGUGGGUAAACCAGAAGCGGUACAGAUGGCGAAAGAUCAAGUUUUGGAAGUUCUUGAUACAAAGAAAAAUCGCGUCACGCUGAAAAUGGAUGUCUCUCACUCGGACCAUUCCUAUAUCAUUGGUAAAGGUGGAUUCAAAAUCCAACAAGUGAUGGAAGAAACUGGAUGUCACAUCCAUUUUCCCGAUUCGAACCGCAACAGCGCAGCAGAGAAAAGUAACCAGGUUUCAAUAGCGGGUCAAGCUGCAGGAGUAGAACAAGCAAGACUGAAAAUAAGGGAGUUACUACCUCUGGUAUUUACGUUCGAGCUACCCAAUGGUGAAAAUAUCAGUCCAGGAGAGGAAUGCUCCCCUGCAAUCCAGCACAUACAGCAGACAUACAGCUUCAACGUUGCAUUUCGCCCUAUAGGCCCUGUGGGUCUGGGUCGAACUCUCCUCGUCGUCCGGGGUUGUCAAAGACUUCUCUCCAGACUGCGACAAGGACUGGCUUUGCUUAUGGAAUAUCUUACUGGAUCGAAAACGAUUCCUGUAAUGGGGUUCAUGAAGACGGAGAUAGCCGCUCAGCACCACCAGUUUGUAAUGGGAGCGGGUAAUGUAAAUAUUCAGAUGAUCAUGAGCAAGACUGGUGCCACUAUAAUAUUCCCCGAUCCUGCGUCUUCGUCAUUUGGCGGCGAUAGUCCAACGCAGCCAAUAUCGCUUAUGCCGGGACAAAACAUCCUGAGAAGCAAGUCCACCAUCAUAAUUCAAGGAUCUUUUGAUAGUGUAUGCUUGGCUUGGCAGGAAUUAUUGAAAUGUUUGCCUCUGGUACUGAUGUUCGACUUAAAGGAAGGACAAGAACUAGACCCUGUUAUGGUGAAUAACUUCAUGGAGGCUUUUAACAUAAAUAUUAUGGUGAGACCAAAAUUGAAAGAAAAUACGAAGUCCGUUCUUAUAAGAGGGGCAGAAAAAGAUAGCAGGAUCCUCUUCCAGGUUCGUAAAGAGAUCCUCAGAUUAGAGGAAGACGACUCUUGCCCUCCGUCGCCAAGUUUCAAGCAAGCCAGUUUCCGGGUGCCCACAAUGGAUUCCUUCAGACUUCAGCCGAAUGAUGUGAAGGACUUCAACAAAAAGCAAGGUAUGACUACUGCGGAGUCCCUCAACAUCUUGAGCAACAUUAUUCAACAGAAUCCACAGAUUGUGGGACUCUUGAACAACCUUUCGUCUGCUUUUCCUUCAAAUGGACCGGAAGUGGUUCACCAGCAGCAAAUGCCAAGUGCUUUGUAUAGAAACGUUAUGCUUCCCAAUCCUCCACCGCAUCAAACUGUUCAAAUGAAUCAUUUUCCUGCAAGAAAUGUUGAAAAUUGGAUUAACCGCCCUGACAGAAGCUACGCAUUUACAUCUGGGAUAAACGUGACAAACUACCUUCAAAAAGAUAGAAACCUUCCAUUUGAUGACGGAGAUUCUGGAAUAUUUUUGCCCUCUAAUAACAGGUUCUUUAGUAAUGGAUUUGGAUCCAAAAGUGAUCUCAGCAGUCAACCAGAAUCUUCCGCAUCGUCAACAUCAUCGAACGAUACUCCUGAUUACAAACCAAGAUUCCAAAGAAAGGAUUUUCAGACUAAAGACAUAGCUACGGCGAAUAAUGAUGUACAUCAGCUUCUCGUUGAUUAUGGAACUAAGAAAUUAACUGCGAACAAAGCUAUGCAGCAAUCCGUGGAAGGCGUGAGAACUCCGAAUACACUUUGGUCUGGAUUUGGUUUUUCGAAGUCUAUGCCGGACUUCUCGGGAAGAAAUAAAAGACCAAUAACAAACUCUGGAUCUAUAUCAGAAUUUUUGGAGACUGACAAUGCAAGUAUAUCCAAUGUUGAAGCAGCAGCUGCAAAAGCUUGGAAUUCGGAUAUUCCGGAAAAGAAUGACAGUCCAUUGGAGCAAGUGUCUUCUCCAUUUGCCUUGAGCAACUUUUGGGAAAACUUGCCAAGAGCACCCCCUGUGAACUACAGUUCCAUUAAAAGCUUGGAACAACUCCUGCGUGUUUUAGACCUUGAAAAGUACGGUGAUGUGUUCGUACAUCAUGAGAUUGACUUGCCCAUCUUCCUGACAUUGAAUGAAAUUGAACUUCAACAGCUAAACAUAAGUUACGGUGCUCGUCGUAAAAUGCUUAAUGCUAUAGCUGCUAUUCGUGAACAACGUCUAGGUGACUGGUCAAAGGACUUCAGAGCUGCACCUGGUGCAGAGCGCAAAACCUUUCCUCGGUUUUCUGGUUCGUCUGCUCCCAAUGGCAGUACUGACAGAAUGUGAGAAGAUUGAAUAACCAUAUAAUGGCCGCUAUUAUGUGCUUUGCUGUUUUGUUUCUAAUACGAAUAUGUUUUUUACUGCUUCUGUAUAUCCGUACCGAGAUCUAUUCCGUAUCUUGCAGAUAGGGCGAUGACUACUUACUAGUGCACAGCGCUGUAAAGUCCAACCAACUUUCCAAUUUCAUUUAAUUGUUUUAAACAACAUGAAAUCAAGUUGCUUAAAAAGCAACAAAUUAGUUUUAUGUCUAACAUUCUUAUUGUCAGACCAGUCAUAGAUAUACAACUUAAUGUAUUUUCCCGUUAUUUUAAGGCGUUCAGAUACUUAAAAUCCCCUUUAAACUAUAAUCUAACUUUUAUAGACUUAUUAAAGCCAGACAUUGCUGUUUCUUGCAUGCACAUUUUAAAAAUUGCUACUAAAACUCCUAAUUCACUCACAUUUAAGUUUUAGAUUUUAAUGAAAUAAUACUGACUUUGCGGUCAAAAUAGCAUGAUUUUUUAAAGUCCAAGAAAGUAACAAGUAAUUGGUAAAUAAUGUUGAGUUGAUAAUGUUCAAAUAUUAAUGCUUUGUCUUUACGUUUUAUAAAUUUUUCCAACUUGACAAUGUUUUGAUUGUUUACUUAUAACAACGUCUAUCGGACAUUUGUUCUUGUUUAAAUGUUUUAUAAAUAGUUCCUAACUUUUAAGGUUCUUGUUUCAAGACCCGCAAGUUCUUUCCCAUUGAUUAGAACAAGUGUUUUCUGAAUCUUUCGUAAUGACGUUAAUCGGCGACUUAUUUUUUCGGAACAAGUUUUCAAAAUUGCUUCAGAUUAUUUUACCAAUUUCUAAAAUCAAUGUAAUUAGUCUAAUUUUCUGUCUAGUUUAUGUAUGAAUGUAAUCUAAUUUAUUUGGUUGAACCGAUGCAAUUUACUUUAUUUCCUGUAAUAUAACUUUGUAUAUUUUAUUGUUGCAAGAUUUAAUUUUACAAUCCUGAGUAACACGAAACACUUUUUACCAUGAGUUUGAUUACUUCAAUAAAGUUCCAUUUGAACGUUU